GAUCAGACCAAUAGCGUAAUUUUUUUCAGAAAUAUGUGAAAAGAAGAACAGGAGCACAGAGGUAAGCUUCAACGACGACUACCAUUACUAUGAAAAGGAUCUGCUUAAUGCGGUCCAACACUAUCGGCAGCAGCUGGGUGUACGCUUCCCACGAAACGCUAGAACAUCUCAUAUUGACUGUGGAAGACUUCUACAUGACGACAAGCAAAGUGGUCAUAUCAGAGGACUGGCAUCGUCACGUGUGGAACUCAGGGAUCAGAACCGCUCUAUGAGCUGUGAGGAUAUUCGAGCACGUGUUCUUCCCCCGAAGCCUCUUCAGACAUUACAGUUUGGCGUGGCUCAUGCACGCAUAGUAUAUGAGAGCUAUGAACUGAUAGAAGAAGAACUCAGAUCGAGUUAUCAUCCACAAAACGUGUUCUGUUAUGCUAUCGAUUACAAAGCGAAGGAAGAUUUCACGCAGAAGAUUGAAAAACUUUCAAAAUGCCUGCCCAAUGUGUUAGUUCCUACCAUGCGAUACUCUAUUGGAAGGACAGGAAUCAACGGGACUCGGGCUCAUUUCGAAUGUUUGAAGGCACUUAUGGCAUAUACCGGCUGGGAAUAUGUAAUGCUCAUGCAGAACUACGACAUCAUGAUCAAAAGUGUUUAUGAGACCGUAUCAAUUCUGCAAAAACUCGGUGGAGCAAAUGAUGUCCACGUGAGACCAUGCGAAAGUUAUCGUUAUAAUCAUUCCUUAAAAUGGGAUACUCAAUCACUGAACUUCUUUAGAAAUGAGAAGGAUACGAAGCCAACCCAAAGAAAUGCGUCGUUGACGUUUGCGCGAGGAGCAGCCCAUGCGUCACUGUCACGGGCUGCAGUCAAUUGGAUGGUGAACACUGUAGAUCUCACAAAAACAUUCGAGCAACUUGAUCUUAACGUCCUGGGAGUCGAUGAAGUUCUUAUUCCAACGCUGCAAGUGAGUGAUAGCCUUGACAUGCCGGGAAGAUUCACAGCGGAAUGUGUGCAUAAAGGAAAGAUCAUUGGCUUUAUAACGAGGUGCAAUAUCACAAAUAUCGCAAAAAUCCUUAUUCGGGUUUCCAACUGGACUGUAGCUUUGGCAUAUGAACCCGAUUAUAACAACGAACAACUGCAUUCAUCCUUUCCCAUGGUUGCUCAUUCGACUAUUGUUUAA